CACACACACCUCACGGGAUAGCCGCCCCAAUGCCACCAGAAUCACUAACCAGGCUUCCGAAGAAGGGAAUCCAGCUUAGCUGCAGCAGCUGAACUCAGGCAUGAGGUGUGGUGAGUGUGCCUGAGGUGGAGUUUGUUCCAGAGGAGAGCCGAUAUGGAGCACACUGCCCAACCUCUUCACUGGCCCUACAAUGCCACCACCAGUGCCAACCCACUACAGGCGCUCUACAAUGCCACCGCCAGUGCCCAGACCGCCCAGCUGCCCCCUGAUGCCAGCGCGAGCACCCACGGCGUACCCGGCCUGCAUCUGCUGCUGGACGCCAGUGCCAGCGUGGGCAACGCGUCCGUGAUGACGCUGCUGCUGAACGCCAGCUCCAGCUCGCCAUCGCCGCCGGUGCCCCUCGGCCUGAUGAAGCGCCAGUCCACGGAGCUGCAGGCGGUCACCAUCCUGCUGGCGCUGCUGAUCUGCGGCGUGGGCAUCGCGGGCAACGUGAUGGUGGUGCUGGUGGUGCUGCGCGCGCGCCACAUGCUGACGCCCACCAACUGCUACCUGGUGAGCCUGGCGCUGGCCGACCUGGUGGUGCUGCUGGCGGCCGGGCUGCCCAACGUGUCGGACGUGCUGGCGUCGUGGGUGUACGGCUACUGGGGCUGCCUGCUCAUCACCUACCUGCAGUACCUGGGCAUCAACGUGUCGUCCGGCUCCAUCACCGCCUUCACCGUGGAGCGCUACAUCGCCAUAUGCCACUCCAUGCGGGCGCAGGUGCUGUGCACGGUGGCGCGCGCCAAGCGCAUCAUCGCGGCGGUGUGGCUGCUGACCGCGCUCUACUGCACCAUGUGGUUCUUCCUGGUGGACGUGCAGGAGACGCGCUACGCCGACGGCGUGCAGGUGGCGUGCGGCUACCGCGUCUCGCGCAACCUCUACACGCCCAUCUACUUCCUGGACCUGACGCUGUUCUACCUGGUGCCCCUGCUGGUGGCGCUGGUGCUGUACGGGCUCAUCGCGCGCAUCCUCUUCACCAGUCCCAUGGCCGACCACGGGGGCACCAACGGGUCCAUCCACCAGGGCCGCGCCAACAGCACCAUGCACCCAAGCGCAAGGGCCAAGACCAACAAGGGCGCCAUGAACUCCCGCAGACAGGUGACUAAGAUGCUGGCGGUUGUGGUGGUUCUGUUUGCCCUCCUGUGGCUGCCGUACCGGGCCCUGGUGGUGGUCAACUCCCUGAUGGACCCUCCGUACCUGGACGACUGGUUCCUGCUCUUCUGCCGCACCUGCGUCUACGCCAACUCCGCCAUCAACCCCAUCAUCUACAACCUCAUGUCCCAGAAGUUCCGCACCGCCUUCCGCGAGCUCUGCCGAUGUCGGGGGGGCGGGGGCGGCGCCCGCGGCGGGCUAGGCGGAGGGGGCAGCCAGAAGCAGCCCAGUCAGAAGACGUCGUCCGUCUACUACAGCGCCGUCAAGAGCUCGUCUCUGGACAGCCCGGAGCGCGUGACGGAGCAGGAGGAGCUGAACGCCUGCAGCGCCGCCACCAAGAGGGUCAACUUCAGACAGCAAGGGGCAGCGCGGGGCUCGGAGUCCAUGUUCAGCAUCGCCUAAGGAACAUCAGGGGAAUGGACAGAAGA